AUGUCCCCAAAGGCCUUUGUUCCGCUCCUUUUGCCACUCCUGCUUCUAGCAGCGGUGGUGGUAAGCGCUUUUCCAUCGGCAUGGCCACUUCAUUCUCAUGCUAUGAGACCAUCGUUAGUAGAAUGGUCUCGCUCUACCACUCCUCGAGGCAAUUUCAACUCUAUCACCCAAACCCAACAGCGCGAUGAGAAUCAGGAUCCCCAAAAUACCUGUAACCCAUUUUCCAUGCUUAAGAACAUCCAUGGGCCGGUUGAGAGACUUCGUGCUGAAGGACAGAAUCUCACCUUGGCCAGAAGAGUCGAUAUCGCAUUUCCUGGUGACAACAUAGACCAGUGGAUGAUAGCCCAGGUCCAAAAAACGAAACCUAUUGUGUGGGAAGUCACUCCGGGAACCGAUGCCAAUACAGCAGUUUUCCGGAAGUUUGGCAGGAAUGCCUUCAGUCUUGGAACAAACGGCCUGUGUGGAUGCAGUUCACUUUGGAUCAUCAGCAGAAAAGGGGUUUAUGCCACUCACUAUUGGGAGAGUAUUUCGUUUGCGCCUGAGAAAGAAUGGAGGAACCCAGGCGAAACCGAUUCUCAGGUGUUUGAACGUCCUGUCAUCGACGGUCUCAAAAGCGGCAACGUUGUCAGAGGCAGAAGAAUGCAGGCCAGGCUCGACCGAGAUGAGAUUGCUGACGAUUAUAUCAAGGCCUACCUCGUUCAUCCUGAGCGAUCAUGGCAAAAUACCCCCGCCGCAGUUGAUGGGUAUCGAUUGCAAUGGAACAAGAUCAAAGACACAGUGAAGGAAAUCAUACCGGAACUGGCGCCAGAUAAUAAUUGGCAAGAGGUCAUUUAUAAUCGAUUGAAUGACGACGAUGAACAGCUAUUUGAUACUGCCCUGGGUCAUGUGGUGUUCCACUUUUCGCCUGAUCAUGAACAGAAACGGAAGGCUGCUUUGUGGGUUGAGAGACGCAAGGAACCUUACCAUGAUGAUGACUGGGAAUAG